UCUUCGAGUUAUGAUGCACUUCUGAUAACUGUCCUUGUCUUUGUUAUUGUUGGUACUUGUUGUGCAGAAGAAAGAUCAGUAUACUUGGUCUUAAUGGAAGAAGAGCCAGUUGCAUUUCGUGGAAGCCAUUUAUGUCAUGAAGGACGAAAAGUACUUGCACUUGACGGUGAAGUUUCCAAGGCUCAUGCAAAGCACUUGGUGGAUUCUCAUGACCACCUUCUGCAAAGCAAUCUAGAAACUGGAAGCUACAACAAGCUCUACAGCUUCAAACACAUUGUUAAUGGCUUUUCUGUUCAUACAACCCCUUCUCAGGCAAACAAAUUAAACGUUGCUCCCGGAGUGAAGCUGGUGGAGAAAGAUAGAGGAGCCAAAUUGAUGACAACAUACACUCCUCAAUUCCUAGGGUUACCUCAAGAAGUUUGGGCAAAGGAAGGAGGAGACAAAAAUGCAGGUGAAGGGAUUGUUAUUGGUUUUGUUGACACAGGAAUCACCCCAAAACAUCCAAGUUUUACUUAUGAUCCCUUGAAUCCUUUCACAUCAAAUAUUUCUCAUUUUUCGGGUGCUUGCGAAACGGGGCCUAGAUUUCCAUCUAGUUCUUGUAAUGGUAAGAUAUUGUCAGCUAGGUACUUCUCAGCUGGGGCUCAAGCAAUUGCUACUCUCAACACUUCAGUGGACUUCCUCUCUCCCUUUGAUGCUGCUGGGCAUGGCAGUCAUGUGGCAUCAAUUGCUGCUGGAAAUGCUGGGGUCCCAGUGAUUGUGGAUGGCUUCUAUUAUGGGCGAGCUAGUGGGAUGGCUCCUCGUGCUCGAAUUGCUGUUUAUAAGGCUGUGUAUCCAACCGUGGGAACUAUAACAGAUGUGGUUGCAGCAAUAGAUCAAGCAACAAUGGAUGGAGUGGACAUAUUAACACUCUCAGUUGGACCAGAUGAACCACCAGAAGAUACCAUUACAUUCUUAAGUGUGUUUGAUGUUUUCAUGUUAUUUGCUCGACGAGCUGGAGUUUUCGUUGCUCAAGCUGCAGGUAACCACGGGCCAGACUUUUCAACUGUUGUGUCUUACAGCCCUUGGGCUGUAGGUGUAGCUGCUUGCAGCACAGACAGAAGUUACCCCGGUUCUCUUCUUCUUGGAAAUGGGCUAAAGGUUGGAGGCGUAGGUUUGUCAGGUCCUACUUUUGGAGAUGGGAAGUUUCUGUGUAAGUUGGUGCUGGCUAAAGAUGCAGUUAGGGUAAAUGGGGCAUUCCCAAGGACUCCAGCAUAUGUUGAAGAAUGUCAAUAUCCAGAGGCAUUGGACCCAAUUAUUGUGCGAGGACGAAUAGUUAUCUGUGUCUUCUCAGCCGGCUUCUAUAAUGGGACGUCAAACAUCAAUGCCAUUAUUGACACAGCAAGAACUCUGGGAUUUAUGGGUUUUGCUUUUGUUGCAAACCCGGCCUACGGUGAUUUCAUUGCAGAACCUAUUCCUUUUGCUGUUUCAGGCAUUAUAAUUCCAAAAGUUGCUGAUGCACAGAUAAUAUCUCAGUACUACGAGCAAAAUAUCCAGAGGGAUGAGAGAGGAUUUGUGAUUCAAUACUGUGCAAGAGCAGCUAUAAGAGAGGGUAGAGUUGCUUCUUUUGUGGGGCAAGCACCUAUUGUCAGCAGAUUCUCUUCCAGGGGGCCAGAUUUUGUUGACAUUAACAGGAAUCCUGCCGAUGUGCUUAAGCCAGACAUUCUUGCCCCAGGACACCAAAUAUGGGCAGCUUGGAGCCCCCUCAGUGCCUUAGAACCCGUACUAACUGGAUACCAUUUUGCACUACUGUCCGGUACAAGUAUGGCAACACCUCAUGCAGUGGGAAUAGCAGCACUUAUCAAGCAAUAUAAUCCUUCGUGGACUCCAUCUAUGAUUGCAUCUGCCAUCUCCACUACUGCUACCAAGUAUGACAAUUAUGGAGAAGUCAUACUAGCAGAAGGAUCUUAUCUUAAUAGCUACUAUCCGUCCACUCAUUUGGAUCGUGGCGCUGGACUUGUGAAUCCUGCUCGUGCUAUUGAUCCAGGCCUUGUCUUACCCGCAGAAUUUGAAGACCACAUAAACUUUUUGUGCUCAUUGCCUGGUAUUGAUUGGUCUGUGAUCAAUGCUGCAACUGGAGAGAGGUGCAGCCGAUUGCUUAGCCAUCCGGCCAACCUGAACCUACCUUCAGUGACGAUAUCAACACUAAGAAGCUCUCUAACAGUCAAGCGGAGUCUGAAGAAUGUAGGCAGCAGACCAGAGACAUACACAUGCUCAGUCAUAUCGCCUAAUGGGACCAUGGUAAACUUGUCUCCAACUUGGUUUAGAAUAGCUCCACAAGAAAUACAAGAUAUUGAGAUACAGUUUCGAGUGAUCAAAGCAGGGGCUGAGUUUAGCUUUGGUGAAAUUGUUCUGACAGGAAGUUUAAAUCAUAUUGUCAGACUACCAUUAUCUGUUUUGCCUAUUUCAACAUCAUAGACAUGGGUUCGAAAUGUAUAAGAAACUAUAUUUGAGGAACAUAAAUUUAUGUUUUACAACGGCUAGACUAAGAAAAUAUAUUUGAGGAACAUAAAUUUAUGUUUUACAGCGGCUAGACUCUAGAGUAAUCCACAAAUCAAAAGCAACAAGAAAUCAGACAUAACCAAUACCUAACAGCAGCUCCUUCUUGUUCACAAACAAUACCAUUGGGUAUUUGGUAUUUAUAAACAAAUACUAAAUUGUGACAAUGUCCUGUCAAGUACCAAGGAUACAGUUCAC